UGCUCAGCAACAGCCAACAGCCAAGCAUUCGCAAGCAGAACAUAAUCGCGAUAAGUGAGGUUAACGAUGUAUCGCGAAACUGCACAGUGGACGCAACACAAGUGCAAAUAAUUUUUUUCGCUUCGGUCAGCUCAUUGGUACACGCCCAAAUGAUUCAAUCAUCCUGAUUUUUUCAAGUUUCAAAGUAAAAAGUUUCGAAAAACCGUUCAACUGCUGUGCAAAAAAUUGAAAGAAUCAAAGUGUUGACUAAAUAAAUUUCAAGAUGACGUUUUUGGAGUGGCGUAGAUUUAACUUUUUUAGCAUACAAGAAGACAGUGUUUUUGGAAAAAAUGUUCCAGAACCCUUUGGCGACAUUCAAAUAGUAGGAGCAACCAGUGGAAAUGGCUUGCUGAUCAUAGGUGAUGUCAUUGGGUUUAUACACAUGGUUGACAGAUUUUAUGAAAUAACAUCCUUUAAAGCUUACGAAAACACAUUGACCCUUGUGCAUCAAAUUUCAAAUUGCCCAUAUCUCUUCACAAUAGGUGAAGAUGAGCCUGGAUGCAAUCCGACGAUUAAGGUCUGGAGUUUAGAUAAAAAAGACAAGCAAGGAAAUCCCUUAUGUAUACGCAUAAGUAGAGCAAUACCUAGUUAUAAAGCUAUUGCAGCUACAACAUUGUGCGUUCAUUCAAGUUUAACAUUGAUGGCUGUCGGUUUUGAGGAUGGAUCAAUUAUGUUAUAUAGAGGAGAUCUUACAAGAGAGAGAAAAAACAAAAUAAAAGUUUUGAAAGAUUCCAAUAUGAAGAUAACAGGAUUAGCCAUUCAUGUAGCAGCUAAGCAAUCUUAUUUGUAUGUGACAACAACAAAUAAUGCAUAUUUGUACAAUAUUACAGUCAGAGACAAAGAAACAAAGUCAUUAUUGGAUGAUUUUGGGUGUGCUCUAAAAUGUAGUAUAUUUGCUGAAUCAAAGCAAGAUGGUCAAUUUAUGGUUGGACGAUCUGAUGCUAUUUAUUGCUACACACCUGAUGGCAGAGGUCCUUGCUAUGCAAUAGAUGGAAAAAAAACACUACUCAAAUGGUUUAGAAACUAUUUAGUUAUAAUAACAGAAGGAGUAGAAGCUGCUAGUGGGACAGUUAUUACACCUAAAUUAGAUGCUCAGCCAGGAAUUGUUAACAAUACAAUUACUAUUCUUGAUAUUCAAAAUAAAUUUAUUGUGUUUGCUGCAUCUCUGCCGUCUAUUGAAGCAGUUUUAUCAGAAUGGGGUGGUCUAUUUGUGUUGAGUGGAGAUUGUAAAUUAUAUCGCUUAGAAGAAAAAGACUUGCAGUCAAAAUUGAAUCUGCUUUUUAAGAAAAAUUUAUACGACAUUUCAAUUAGAAUAGCCAAAAAUCAUCAUUAUGAUGUUGAAGGAUUAGCAGAUAUUUUCCGCCUAUACGGUGAUCAUUUGCACUCCAAAGGAGAUUAUAAUGGUGCUAUUGAGCAGUAUGUUAAAACUAUUGGAAUAUUGGAACCAAGUUAUGUAAUAAAAAAGUAUUUAAAUUCUCAGCAUAUAGAUUAUUUAAUUAUUUAUCUACAAGCCUUACACAAACAAGGGCAAGCUACUGGAAAUCAUACAACAUUAUUAUUAAAUUGUUAUACAAAAUUAAAUCACUCUGAAGAAUUAAGAAAUUUCAUUAUGACAAAAGAUCGAAAAGUUGAUUUUGAUGUUGAAAUAGCCAUUAAAGUAUGUCGUCAUUGUUCUCCAGAAGAUGCACUGAUGUUAGCCCAGAAGCAUGAAAAACAUGAAUGGUACCUUCGCAUACAAAUUGAAGAUAAGGCUGAAUACAAAAAAGCUUUAGACUAUAUAGGAACUUUGAAAUUUGAGGAAGCAGAUUUAAAUAUGAAGAAGUAUGGCAAAAUUCUAAUUGAAAACAUUCCUCAUGAUGCGACACAAUUUUUGAAAGUUCUUUGCACUAAAUAUAUUCCAAAUAAUUCUAAUGAACAAGUAAUGGAACAUAAUGUUGAAAAGGCUGACCCAGAAGAUUACAUUCAUUUAUUUUUAAAUAAUUCUGAACAUCUUAUUGAAUUUUUAGAGUAUUUGAUAAAAAAUGACAAUGGUGUAAGAUGGAGUACAUUAGUAUAUAAUACAUUGAUAGAACAUUAUCUUCAUGGCUGGUCCAACUCAAAUGAUGAGCUAUUAAAAUCUCAACACGAACAAAAAAUUAUUCGUCUUUUACAAACUUCUCAUGCCAGCUUUGACAGAGAUCAAAUAUUAAUACUAUGCCAUCAACAUGAUUUUAGAAAAGGAGUUUUAUUGCUUUAUGAAGAAAAAAAAUUGUAUCAAGAAAUCCUACGGUAUCAUUUGCAAAAAGGAGAUCCUGAAAAAGUUUUAGCAACGUGUAAUAAUUUUGGAAAUCAAGAUCCUCAUUUGUGGGUUCAAACUUUAUGGACUAUAGCGUCAAAAAAUAUGACUUCUUCUAAACUAUUAUUGGAUGUUUUGGAUCAUAUUGCCAAAGAAAAGUUAUUAGCUCCAUUGACUGUGCUUGAUGCUUUGUCAACUUCUUUAACUAGUAACUUGAAAGACAUUCGCCACUAUUUAAAUAAUGUUUUAAGUCAAGAACAAGAGCAAGUUCAAGCAGAUACAGAAUUAAUUGAAAAGUAUAGAAGGGAUAGUAAAAAUCUAAGACAGAAAAUGCAUGAAAUAGAAAAUGAUACAAUUAUUUUUCAAGGAUCAAGGUGUAGUGCUUGUCAUCAUCAAUUAGAAUUACCUUCAGUGCAUUUCCUAUGUAAUCAUUCAUAUCAUCAGCACUGCUUUCAAAGUUUUUCAGAAAAUGAAAAUGAGUGUCCUGCAUGUAUGCCUACAAAUAAAAAAUGGUUAGAUAUAAUUAAAGCACAAGAACAGUCUAAGGAUUUCCAUGAAACUUUUCAUUGUUUGAUCGACAGAACAGAAGAACCAUUCUCGUUGAUUGCAGACUAUUUUGGUCAUAAUGUCUUUAAACAGAUAAUGGUAAUAGCAGAGUGGCAGAAAUCACAAACUAUUGCAAAAAUGGUGAAUGAUCAAUGUGAUAUGCAAAUGUAUGAUUUUCAUAAGUCAGAAGUAGAUUCACAAUACACUCUGAAGGAGAACAAAAGUACAAGUAGACCAAUUGAAGUUGACAAUAUAAAAACUUAUCAAUCUACACUAGAGCCUCCUGGAAACCCUUUGAAAUUAUCAACAACUCCGAGAAGUCAACAUUCAAACUUAGAGCAACUUCUAUCUAACUCUCCAGGAUCAUCAAAAUUAAAAGUUGACAAUUCAACUUUAAGUACAUCAUCUGCUGAAAAGAAAUUUGUUUCACCAACUGCACCAAUGGAGCCAUCAAAUCCUUUUAAAGAAGAUUAUGAUGAAUCAAAAAAUCCUUUCGCUGAUGAAUUUGAAGAUGAUGAUCCCAAUAAUCCAUUUUUUAAUGAUUCAUAAGUUAAAAAAUUAUAUAAUAUCAAUUGUUUAUAUUUACCUAGUCAUAUGAGAAUUAAAUAUUUUUAUAUUGUUUGAAGCAAUGAUUUAGUCAUUAAUGUUAUAUGUUGUACAGUUUUGUUCACAUAGCAUUUGUCUCAAUGGAAUGACUUGAAAUUAUUUGUACUAUUUCUAUUUUGUAAAUAUAUUUGAUACAUGAUUUUAUGAGAUAUGCAGCUGAUACUACUUUUUUGUACAGAAAUGUCAAAUUUAUUAUUUUUUGUAACUGUGAUAAUAAAAAUAAAU